GAACUCCAAUUUCAUUAAACCCAAAAAAGAAAAAUCUAAAGAGCAUCAAAUGCACAACUACAUGAGCGAGAAAGUACAAUGAUUCGUGGCCGAAGAAGCUCAGUCACCGCAGUAAGGUAUAGAUCCAUCCGACGUCGUCUCGAGCACACUUAGUCUCGGAAUCCGAAUUCGCGAUCCAUAUUCAAACACGACCCGACCCGUCAGAAGCUGUAUCAGGCACCGCCGGCGAGUGUUGCAAAGUUGAAGAGAGAGAAAGAGAUAAAGAGAAAAGAAAAAGGAAAGCUUUUACUGCGCAGCAGUGUUAAUUAGAGAGAGAGACUAUCCAUUACUAUUACUGACUAUUCUGCAUUUCAGUAAAAUCACAACCCGAUUUUCUCCUCUCCCCACCUAAAACCCAAACGAUUUGACUUGUUAUAUUAAAUCCCCUUUCUCUCUCCUCCGUCGUCGACUGAAGCAAACUGAAAGAGGAGAAGACAAUCAGGAGAGAGAAAGUGAAAAGAAUAUACUAUAGAGCUCUGAAGGGGAGAAUCACAUCACAACUUCUUCGGAUUCACUUUUUCUCAUCAUCCAUAAAGGUGAGCUCCCCAACAAAGCUUAUUUCUUCAUUUAUUUAUCGUAGCUUUUCUCGAAUGCCCGCCAAGAUUUAGACCAAAAUGCAUACGCGCACAAUUCCUGACUUCCUACACUUGCAAACGAUGCUUGAAUGUAUGUACACGCGCAUGAAUGUGAGAGGAAAAAUUUCUCGUGAAGCUCCAUGAGGUUUGAGCAGAAAUGGUGGAUCGGUGGAGCAGAGUAGUUUACAUUUGUUCAACUUUGUUGUUUUUGCUGUUUGGUUGCACAGUUGAGCAGCAAUUCCUGAUUUCUAGGCAGGAGAGAUUGGCUCUGCUUCAGUUGAGAUCUUCAUUAGGGUUGAGGACUAGGGAGUGGCCGAUAAAAUCCGACCCGUGCACUAAUUGGGUCGGUAUCCAAUGCAGCAACGGCAGCGUUUCGGGAAUCAACAUCUCAGGGUUCAGGAGAACUAAGAGGGGAAGUCAAAACCCUCGAUUUUCAGUUGAUGCCCUUCGGAAUUUGACCCUCUUGGCGUCGUUCAACGCCUCAAAUUUCGCCCUCCCCGGCCCGAUUCCGGAGUGGCUGGGGCUGGGGGUUGCCUCCUUACGAGUGCUUGAUCUUAGGUCUUGUUUGAUCAAUGGCUCAAUUCCAUCAACUUUAGGCAAUUUGAGUAGCUUAGUUGAGCUCUAUCUCUCUAGCAACGCUCUUGAUGGUGCCCUUCCCAUGAGUUUAGGCCAGUUGGAUGGGCUGUCUGUGCUUGAUCUCUCUAGGAAUGCACUUACUGGCUUGAUUCCGGUGGCUUUUGGUGAUCUCCGGAACCUCACCGUGCUGGACCUGUCGUUGAAUCAUUUGUCUGGGGAGAUUCCUCCUGGGAUUGGGACAUUGUCGAUGUUGAGGGUUCUAAAUCUCUCGGGGAAUAGCUUGUCAUCUUCGAUACCUCCACAGCUCGGUGAUCUUUCUAGUUUGGUUGACCUUGAUCUCGGAUUCAACUCUCUGUCGGGGUCUGUGCCCCUAGAUUUGAGGGGUCUGAGGAGCUUGCAACGGUUGAUAGUCGGGGACAACUUGCUCUCGGGGCAGUUGCCUGAGAAUUUGUUGCCUGCUUUGACUCGCCUGCAGUUUUUGGUUUUGGGCAGGAAUGGCUUCGAUGGUGGCGUUCCUGAUCUGCUGUGGUCGUCUCCCUUGUUGCAAGUCCUUGAUUUGUCCGUGAAUAACUUCACCGGAACGCUGCCAAUGAAUGUCAGUGCAAGAGUUAAUAGUACUAGUAGUGCCGUAGCUAACAUCUCUCACAAUUUGUUUUAUGGAAAUAUUAGUACACCUGUAGUUAGGCGGUUCGAUUUUAUUGACAUGUCAGGGAAUUAUUUCGAGGGUCUGGUUCCUGUAUCUGCACGUGGCAGCACGUCACUUGGCACGAACUGCCUCAGAAAUGCGACUAGUCAGAGGAGCAGGAUGGAAUGUGCCACAUUCUAUGCUGAGAGAAAUUUGGUAUUUGACAAUUUUGGUGAGCCGAGCGCCCCUCCUUCGCCUCCUCCAAAACCCGACAAGAAGAAUCACAAAGCUGUCAUUUUGGCUUCUGUGUUUGGAGGUGUUGGACUCGUGGCACUUGUUAUAUUUAUCAUUGUGUUGUGCAUUAUAUGCAAGCGCAAGAGUGGCACGCCUAACCAGAGAGAUAUUAGUGUAGGGCCAGUUCCAGCUGGUGGAAGCCCUCCUCCACCUGGCGCAUCAUUGAAUUUUUCGAAUCUUGGAGAUGCAUUUACAUACCAGCAGAUUCUCCAAGCCACAGGUGAAUUCAAUGAUGCUAAUUUAAUGAAGCAUGGCCAUUCGGGCGACCUUUUCCAUGGAAUGCUUGAAGGUGGGAUUCAUGUAGUGGUAAAGAAGGUGGUUUUGGAUUCAUCGGUCAAAAAGGAAUCUUACAUGUCGGAAUUGGACCUAUUUGGCCGAAUCUCCCAUCCUAGAUUGGUACCCCUCUUAGGGCAUUGCUUGGAGAAUGAGAACGAGAAGUUUCUUGUUUACAAACACUUGCCAAACGGGGACCUGUCUAGUUCUUUAUUCAAGAAAACAGAUUCAGAAGAUGGUUUACAGUCACUGGAUUGGAUAACCAGACUCAAAAUUGCGAUUGGAGCUGCAGAGGGUCUUUGUUACCUACAUCACGAAUGUGUUCCACCACUUGUUCACAGGGAUGUCCAAGCCAGUAGCAUCCUUCUUGAUGAUAAAUUUGAAGUACGAUUUGGAAGUUUGAGUGAGGUUUGUGCUCAAGAAGGUGAAAUUCAUCAGAAUCGGAUCACAAGGUUGCUGCGCUUGCCACAGACGUCGGAUUCAGGUGCUUCAGGUACGCCGAACGCAAUAUGCGCGUACGAUGUAUACUGUUUUGGGAAAGUUUUGCUCGAGCUCGUCACCGGUAAGCUGGGCAUCAGCUCGUCCUCGGAUGUGGCCAUGAAGGAUUGGUUGGAAAUGACAUUGCCUUACAUCAGCAUAUAUGACAAGGAACUCGUUACGAACAUCCUGGACCCAUCGUUGAUUAUAGACGAGGAUCUACUCGAGGAGGUCUGGGCCAUGGCGAUCGUCGCCAGGUCUUGCCUGAACCCGAAGCCCACGAGGCGGCCGCUAAUGCGAUACAUCCUAAAAGCCCUAGAAAACCCUCUCAAGGUGGUGAGGGAGGACAACACGGGCUCCGAGCGGCUGAGGACCGCCUCGUCAAGAGGGUCGUGGAACGCCGCCCUAUUCGGCAGCUGGCGGCACAGCUCUUCUGACGUGGCGAACAUACCGGCCGCUCAGAAGAUCGAAGGCACGAGUAGUUUCAAGCAGUCGGGGACGACGGGGUCGCAAGGGAGUGGCCCGAACGGCGACGGCAACGGGCACUCGUCUUCGGCUAGGCGGCACUCGAAGGAGAUAUUCCCGGAACCUUUAGACGAAGAGGAUGUCGACGUCGGGAGGAGAGUGAACGAGGAUUAGGGUUCGGAAAUCGGAGGUUAUAUUGUUGAUUCUUUGGCAAUAACGUGGAUGUGUUGCCCCAUGUACAUUCUCCUCUGCCUUGGGGUGGCAUUGGCAACCCACCAUUUUUUUGUUGCUCAAUUGUUUGCAGGUUUAGGCACAGUUUCUCUCUCUUCUUUCUCUCUCUCUGCAGGGGUUGGGUAGUUGUGGUUCUUUGUAUGUUUGAAGGCUUCUUUCUGGGUAGACAAAACCACAUAUAUUUUUUUUUUGUUUUUAUUUAUGUAAGUUACAUCUUUCAACAUUGGUCUUUUUUUGGUGAAUUGUAAAUUAAUUGCUCCUAGAAGUUGGGAGGAGAAAAGAACCAACUACAAUUUUUUGGCCUACAUAAAUCCAAGGCUGGAAUCGAGAUUAUUGUGAUUGUUUA